GUGUUCCAAUCUGCAAGCCAUAGAAAGAUUGACUUUUGGGUGUACCGUUUACCUAGAAGGAUUACACGUCGACGUUGUUGUGAAAAGAAGAGUACAAAUUCCUUAGUUGGAAGUAAAUAGCAAUCAUAAUAGUGUGAAUCAUCCGAGGGCCCUUGGAUCACAAUCGGAAGUGAUUUUCAUUGUGCAAGAAAUAUCGCGUGACGUGUUGUCUUUUUUUCGUCCUAUCCGCAGCAAACAGGGAAGAGAGUGUUUACAAGGAAACCAAAUUUGACAGUCGUAUGACAUAUAUUGGGAGAUUGUGGGAGUGAAACGUGAAUGAAAGUUGUUCAGAGUUCGUGAAAAAGUUGUUUCUGUGACCAAUUAUACGGGAGUUAUAACCGGAUAAGUGUGCAGUGCGAAAAGGUGUUUUCUUGCACUCCUGAUUGGAUAUCCAUUCAUAUAAAGAAAGAAAAAAAAAGUUAUAACGGAGAAAGGAGAAGAGAAAUUUGCUUCUCAGCGCAGUAAAGCGGUGUGGAUUACAUUCGUUUUGGUGAAACUUCUGACGUAAUUCGGAUAUCUCCGCUGUGAGCUUAAGAGAAUCUCCUGCCGGUGGCACCAGCGCGACAGACAAUUAUUGCCCCGUCAGUUUCGCAGAUUAUAAAUCUCAACGGGCAACGAGAAAACGACGACGACAACGGCGGAUUUUCAGUUCGUAUCAGCGGAGGAUGAGCUUCGAGUCGAUCUCGACAGUCGUCGCGUCAAAAGAGUAACCGGAAAGCUCAAUCCCUAAACAUGGAAAGCUUCUGGGUGCAAACGGCGAUCGGUGCGAUCAAGAUCAUCGCCAUGGUGUACGACAUCAUCACGUUCCCGGUGUACCUAGUGCUGCAGCGGCCCUGGAAGCGAAGAGCCCUCGCCAAACGACAAAAGGCCAAAAUCAUCCAGCAGGAUGACAAAUCGAUCACAUACCGCGGUGUGGAUUCACCCGGCGAGAUGCACGUCAAGAUGCUGCAGAACAACAUCGACACACUGGAACGGAUGUUCGAAUUUGUGACCAAGGUGCACAGCACCAAGCGGUGCAUCGGAACUCGUAAGCUGAUCAGCGAGGAGGACGAGGUGCAACCGAAUGGGCGCGUCUUCAAGAAAUUCAACAUGGGAGACUACAUGUGGAAGAACUUCAUCGAGACGGAGUACUCGGCCGCCUGUUUCGGCCGGGGUCUCCGGGAGCUGGGUCAGCAACCGAAGCAGAACAUUGUGAUCUUUGCCGAAACGCGCGCCGAAUGGUUGAUCGCGGCUCACGGGUGCUUCAAGCAGAACAUGCCGCUGGUCACGAUCUACGCCACGCUCGGGGACGAGGGCAUUGCCCACGGUAUCAACGAGACAGAAGUGACGACGGUUAUCACAUCCCACGAGCUGCUGCCCAAGUUCAGAAGCGUGCUCGGCAUCACGCCUAACGUAAAAAAGAUCAUCUUCAUGGAAGAUCAACUGGAAAAGACCGACACCACCGGCUUCAAGGAAGGUGUGGAGAUCAUUCCGUUUUCGACGGUGAUCGAGAAGGGACAGAAGAGCAAAAUGCCCGGCAGUUCCCCAACGCCCGACGACACGGCCAUCAUCAUGUACACAUCCGGAUCCACUGGCACGCCGAAGGGUGUCCUCCUGUCGCACGCCAACUGCAUCGGAACCAUGAAGAACUUCUGCGACAUCUUCAAGAUCUACCCGGACGACGUGCUGAUCGGAUUCCUGCCCCUGGCGCACGUCUUCGAACUGUUGGCCGAAAGUGUCUGCCUGCUGACCGGUGUCCCGAUCGGAUAUUCCACCGCGCUGACGCUGAUCGAUUCCAGCUCCAAGGUCAUGAAGGGGUGCAAGGGUGACGCCUCCGUACUGCAGCCGACCUGUAUGACGUCCGUUCCGCUCAUCCUGGAUCGUAUCUCGAAGGGUAUCAACGCGAAAGUGAACGCCGAAGCACCGAUGAAGAAGGCCUUCUUCAAGUUUGCCUACCAGUACAAAUCGAAAUGGGUUGCACGAGGAUUCCAGACGCCAUUCUUGGACACCAUUCUCUUCAAGAAGAUUGCCAAACUGAUGGGAGGACGCAUCCGCGGUGUCAUGUCCGGUGGAGCUCCAUUGGCGGCCGACACACACGAACAAAUUCAGCUGUGCUUGUGCGUUGAAAUGAUCCAGGGCUACGGACUGACGGAGACGACCGCCGGAGCUUCCGUUACUGACAAAUGGUCCAUGGAGUACAACGUUGUGGGAGCGCCAUCGUCGUGCAAUUACAUCCGGCUGAUCAACUGGGAGGAAGGCAACUACCGAAUCACGAACAAACCAUACCCGCAGGGAGAGAUCGUCGUCGGUGGAGCGACCGUGUCCAAGGGAUACUACAAACUGCCUGGCAAGACCGAGGAGGACUUCUUCGAAGAGGACGGCCAACGGUGGUUCCGGACGGGAGAUGUCGGAGAGGUGCAUCACGAUGGCGUGCUCAAGAUUAUCGACCGUAAGAAGGAUCUGGUCAAACUGCAAGCCGGAGAGUACGUAUCGCUCGGCAAGGUGGAAUCGGAACUGAAGACCUGCCCGGUGGUGGAGAACAUUUGCGUGUACGGUGACUCGACCAAGCAGCACACGGUGGCGCUGAUUGUGCCGAACCCGCAGCACCUGGAGGAGAUUGCCGAGCGGCAGGGAAUGGCAGGAAAGGAAUUCGAGGAACUGUGCGCCUCGCCGGUCAUGGAAAAGGCCGUGGUGCAGGAGCUGGCCGAGCAUGGCAGGAAAUGCAAACUGCAUCGUUUCGAGAUCCCCACGGUGGUGACGCUGUGCAAGGACAUCUGGACCCCGGACAUGGGCCUGGUAACGGCGGCAUUCAAGCUCAAGCGCAAGGACAUCCAGGAACGGUACAAGAGCGACAUCAGCCGGAUGUACGCGUCGUAGAUUUAUUCGCAUCACCCCGCAGCAGCAAGUGUCCCAGUUAGAGAGAGUGUGGGUGUGCGUGUGCGUGCAAUUGUGUGAAAUUGAUCUCGCAGAGUUCUAUAGCUUCAAAAGCACCAGUACCACCAACACCACCACCACCACCAAGAUCAUCACCAUCAUCGUCGACGUCCACGAAUGUUAGGACGGCGCAAGGAGGGUAGCUGCAGAUUGUCAUUUCAUCCCCCGAUCAUCAUCCCAGUGUGUGUAAAACAUUGUAGACCAUAAUUAAUUACGGUUCCGGUUCCGGUAAAAAUCGAUGUUGUGUACAGAGAGCGAAAGAAAGAAAGAGCAGUGGAAGAUGUUUGGCAAUGUUUGUCAAAUUUGUUGUCCCAUUAUUACCUAAUUGUUAGGUCAAAAUUGGAUUCGAAUAGUUUGCUUUGUUUUUCCUUUUGUUAUUUUCCAAUCGUUUUCAUCCAAUUCUACUUCAUACUACAAGCACGAAUAAAACAAACAUGUGAAUAACUUUUCUCCUAGUACAGACAUUUCUUUUGCCUUGUAUCUUAUCCCAACUAUACCAUCUGUAUCUACUAUCCUGUAUUCGAAUGAAAUGAAUGUGUGUGUGAGCGCUAAACAUGUAAAGAUUGAGUAGCAACAACAAAAAAAGCAGUUAGAUAAGAAAAAGGCUAGAUAUUGUUAAAAUUGGUAAUAAGCACCUUCUUAAACUGGUAGGGAUUAGGCAUUAGAGCAAAAUAAAUUGAAGCGGAUUGAUGAAACUGAUUCCAAGCGAUGCGCGAGAGUGUGCGAGUGUCAGUCCCUUCCCCCCCCCCCCCCCCCACCAAACUAUUAUUCAAUCUACCAACUUUGUACAUAGAACGAGUGCAACUAGAAAGACUUGUAAAGCACAUCUAAGGUGAGAGGAGCGAUCGAAAAAUGAUACUAGAUUUUCUUUUUUUUGGAAACCGAAACGAAGCGGAUACAAAACAAGACGCAAGGAGUCUGAUUAGUUUAGUUGUAGUUAAUUCUGCUUGGUGGGUUGGGAAAUGAACAAUUUACGGAAAACGGAGGAAAAAAAAAUCACUUUUGUAAAUAGUUUUUCACUUGAAU